AAUUUAGACAGUAGCAUCAACUCCCAUCAGGAGAGAAACUGUUGCCAAAUUGAAGGUUGCAAUCAAUGGAUUUGGAUGCAUUGGCAGGCACUUCCUUCGGUGCUGGCAUGGCCGGAAAGACUCACCCCUUGAUGUGGUUGUUGUCAAUGACAACAGUGGUGUCAAUAACGCAAGCUUCACAUUUGUUGAAAUACAAUUCAAUGCUUGAACUUUCAAAACAGAAGUCAAAAUUGUGGAUGAUACUCAUACCACCAUUAGUGUUGAUGGCAAGCCAAUCAAGGUUGUCUCUAAUAGGGACCCUCUCGAGCUUCCAUGAGCUGAUCUUGGCAUUGAUAUUGUCAUUGAGGGAACAGGAGUUUUUGUGGGUGGCCCUGGAGCGAGGAAGCAUAUUCAAGCCGGUGCCAAGAAAGUUAUCAUCACUACUCCAGCAAAAGGUGCAGAUAUUCCAACUUAUGUUGUUGGAGUCAACGAAGGUGAUUACUCUCACGAGGUCUGAAACAUCAUAAGUAAUACCUCUUGCACCAAAAAUUGUUUGGCUCCUUUUGUAAAAGUCAUGGAUGAAGGAUUUUGUAGGCACUUGUUCGCAUUCACUCCGAUGUAAAUUCAUUUGGUUCAGGCGAAUUUCAUAUAACCACAGUUAUGGAUUUUCUUUGACUUCAUUGAAAGUUUGAAACUGAUAUGUAGGAAUUGUCACGGGAACAAUGACAACCACCCAUUCAUACAAUUGAGACCAGGUACUUGCACUCACCAAAAAACUACUGGGAUGUAG